CAUUUUCACCGACUUCCGUUUCACUCUCACCAAAAACUUGAGGUGUCUAGAAAACCACUUUCCACAUGUUUUUUCAAAAAAGCGUAAGCGAGACCUUUAGGUUAUUUUUGAUGCUGUAGACGAUGGGCAAAGUGAAAUUUUCGUGGCAAGAUGCUCUGUAUAAAGUGGGCGGACCUGUGUGGAAGGACCCAUUGUCGGUUGCAUAAUAACUAAAGCGUAUUUUCAAACAGAUAAAUAUAGAAAUUAUUAUUUGUUUAUCAGUUAAUAAGACUCCUCGUAAUGAGAUUUAAAGCUUAUAUGCUCUUAUAUAUUCUUUGACUGUGUGAGAGCAGAAGAAAUAUUAGUAGUGCAGAUUACCGUGUGAGUAAUAUUUUCCUUUUAUCUGUUCAUGUAUAAAAAGUGUCUAUGUUAACAAAUACCUUUGUUUUCGCAUAGUUAAAUGUUAAAGUCAAAGUAAAAAGAAUGAGACUCUUUCACUGAGCGGUAUGUUGUCUCAGCAUGUUUCACUACAUCAUUUCUCGUUUUGAUUAUGCACAUGUAAUACGGCAUGAAAUGCACUGACAUACUUUUCUUUUACUAAAGGAAACAAAUGGUUUUCUAGAUAGUGUCGUUCGGAAUAUCUGUGACAUUAUAUCAGAAACGUGUCUAGUUAUAUGUACAGUUCUUCGAAUGUACAAAUUUUUAACAUCAGCUAUUACUAUAAUUUCAGAGAUCGCGAUCGAGUAGUCGGACAGGUAUAAUUGCAGAUGAAGAAGAAAAGCAUCACAAGUAUAUUAUUCAAGCAGUUUUGUUACGUAAGUCUUGGCCACUGACGCCAACACAAUGGCAAUUUGUUGAACAAUUGAAAGAACAAGAAAAAAAUGAACUUAAAAUAUUCAAUCGCCAACCCUCACCAUCAGCCACUCGUCCAGAUGCAACAAAACGAGCAAAUCAAAAUCAAUCAGGAGCAGCGACAGGUGGGGCAAAACAAACGAAAGGAGGCAAGCCAACAGGAGCCACCACUGCCCGUCCAUCGACAGCAAAAACAGCAACAUCCGUUCAAGUUGAUAUAACGAAACCACACUGGACAUUAAGAGUAGUUUCCGAUGCUGACAAAGGAGAAGAAUUAAAUUUAAAGAAGGACACUGAACGUAUGGAAGAACUCAUUAACACAAAAAAAGCUUGGGAAACGUAUGAAGCAGGUCGAGCACAAAAGUCAGAGACAGAUGAACAAAAAUUACCCGAUGGUGAUGAACAACAAAAAGAUAUUGUUAGUCCAACUGAGCCAGUGAAAAAAGCUCAAGAUAAGAAAGCGGAAACAGAAACAACAGUGAAAACAGGAAAAGGAGCAGCUAAAAAAGUCAAAGAAGAAACUAUUAAGCCUCCAGAAGUCAUAUCAGAACAACCUCCACCACCACCAAUCGAUGAACCAUUACUUGAUGAACCACCACCACAAAAACCAAAAAUUAUUUUACCACCACUAGACAUAAAACACUAUUUAAGACACAAAACUUCUUCAGAAGAACCAAUUACAAUCAGUCAUUUCUUCGAACAGGAAGAGCUAAGAAGACGUCAACAAGAAUUUCAAUUAUAUGCUCAAUUUGCGGAAGAACUUCAUAAUGUUAGAGAAGAAGAUAAUACAAAUCGCUACAAGGAAAAAAUACGCCAACUCGAAGAAUACGUAGAUCUUCAAGCCAAAAUUGACACAUCUCGAAAACAAAUUAAUGAGCCACGAGAAGCAUUUCGACAACGAUUUUUAGAGGCUGAGCGUCUACGUUUAGCUGAAUUGGCCGCACAAGAAGCAGCCUUAGCGGCACAAGCAGCUGAAAAGAAAGACGUGAAAGGUGCUAAAAAGGGGGGAAAAGGAUCGGCAGGAAAAGGGAAAAAAAAGUAG